AUGGCGGACAUUGCGCCGGAAGAGGUCCCCAUCGAUUCCUUAGAACUGACCCAUGAAAGCAAAGUUUCCAGCAAUGCUCCAUUAGAUGUUCCUUCGGCCUCUAACGAAAUACCCGCCAUAGUCGAACAUCCCCCGCUAUCCGAUGCAUCGAAUGUUUUGGAGGCGGCGGAUUCACUCCUGAAUGAAUUAGCUGAGGUUUCCGGCAUUCCUGAGGACACACCGGAAUGCAUACAGGGGAACGUACCAAAGACUGUUCAGGAGGAAGUAUCCGAGUCUGUUUUGGAAAGUGUGUCCGAGUCCGUUGCGGAGACUUUGUCCGAGUCCGUUGCGGAGACUUUGUCCGAGUCUGUUCCGGAGACUUUGCCCGAGGCUGUUCCGGAGAAUUUUCCCGAGUCUUCACCUGAGAAUUUAAACCAGUCUUUAACUGAGAAUACUUCACCCGACUUUGUUCCGGAGAAUGUACCCGAGUUGGCUUCGGAGAACGUGCCCGAAUUAGGUUCGGAGAACAUGCUGCAAGCUGUGCCGGAUACUCUACCGGAACCCAUGGAAGAGGACUUGCCUCAAUCCAUGUCGGAGACUAUGCCAGAAUCUCUCCAGGAAACUCUGCCGGAAUCCAUGUCAGAUUCACUCGAUCAAUCUCACCUGGAAUCUGCUCACGAGACAUUGCCGGAAUCUAUUCAGGAAGCCCUGCCAGUAUCCAUCCAGAAAAAGUUUCCAGAAUCCAUUCAUGAGACUUCUAUGGAAUCUCUUGACGAGCAUGUUUCAGAAGGAUCACCUUGUGAUGAGAAACCGGCGGUCGUAGACAUCAGUUCAACACCUUCUGUGGUGGACGUGCCGUCGUCCACUGAAGAGCAGACGAAUGAGUUACUGCCCCCUGUGAAGACCGUGGAAUCAUCGAGUAUGGAUUCAAUACCUUCCACUGAACUUGUUUCUGAAGUCAAUGCUCCCGUGUCUGAAAAAGAAGGAUUCGACGUCUCUUCUCAAGAGGAUAUUCAAGCUGUGGAUGCUUACGAGAAAGAUGUGAAUUCGGAAGCUGUAAUCGCGUCAGUGAAACUGAGUGAAACGACAGAAUCGUUCAACCCUGCUGAAAGCGGAACGGAACUGCCAAGAAACGACGAGCCCAUGGAGAGCGAUUCGGUGGAUGCCGAUGUCGUUCCUGCGAAAGAAACAGUUCCAGAUGCUGAACCUGCUGAGUGCAAGCUUUCAGAGACCUGUGAGGAACCGAUACAAACUUCUGUAUUAUCCCCGAAAAAUGAACCAAUGGACACUUCUUCCGAAGUGAUCAAAGAGGAUGAUUUAAAAGUGGAAGAUUCAGCUGUUCCUGAUAAACAUGAGGAGAAACCUGCUGAAAAACGAGUUGGGCCGAGAGCUAAAUCGGAUUCCCGUAGAAUGAACGGAGUAUCGAAGGCAAAUAAGCAAGUUGUGGAAAUUCCAGAGACGAGCACUCCGCGAUCGCAACGGAAAGCUGCCAUCAAGGCGGGAUCAACGAUUAAGAAUUUUGUUCGAAAAGAAGCAUCCAAUAUGGACGAAUUGGAUUUCCCCUUUGCAACUGAAUUAGAACAACCUGAUGAUCUUUGUUACGAUGGUCAACGUUGCGUCUUCUGCAGAAGGUCCAUGAGCAAAACUCAUCAGAAUCUCUUCUGGGAAGGAAUGGAAUUCUGCAACUCUUCUUGUCUGGAAAAGUUGCAGAAGAAGAUUGGGUCUUCUUGUGUCAACUGUGGGAAAAGAGUCACCCGACAAUAUCUCGGGAAAUAUUGCGUUCGAUUGGGCGCCAGGGUUCGCCAAUUUUGCACAAACCCAUGUCUGGAAGAGUUUAAACGAGGAAUGAAAACCUGCUCGAAUUGUCAAGUCGACCUUGCUGACGUGAAUGAACCCUUGCAUGGAAGCAUCGAUAACAAGGCCACUAAAUAUUGCAGCGUUUGGUGCAAGGAGAAAAACACCAAUGAACGGGAACCUUCAGAAGCAAGAGUGUGUUCUGUUUGCUUGAAAGUGAAGCCAGUGGAGUGCGAAAUUCUGAUGAGCACGAGGGAUGUUCAAAACGUUUGCUCGGAGAUCUGCCUAUCGGCAUUCAAAUUCGCUGAAAAAUGUUCGCUUGAUAAAUGUAAGACUUGCGACAGAUACGUCAAUGUUGACGGACCGAUGAGGUCCGUCGUCGCGACGUGUUUCGAAUCCGAAAUCUUCUGUUCUCGGCGAUGCAGCAAUGUGCAUUUCAUUUCCUCGAGGGAAAUUGUUCCUUGUGCUCAGUGUAAAGUGAAGAAGUAUAAUUACGACAUGAUUGAGCAGUUGGGUGAGGGAGGACGAAAGUCCAUUCAUUUCUGCAGUCUCCAUUGUUAUGACGCUCACGCGAAAGCUGCAACAAAGUAUACCGGAGGCAGGGGAUUGCGAAUUGCUUCGGUGGAGUCUCUGUCUGAUGCGUCUAGUGGCUCGAAUCUUCCUUAUGUUGCACUUCACGACAUUAAGUCUCGGGAGCAAUCGGCAAACCAGAAAGUGAUGUUGAUGCGACCUCCAGCGCGUGCGGUGCGUAAUAAAGCUGUGGUGUGCAAACCCUCCAUGGUCAACAAAGGCAUCAGCACAAAAUUGGGAACAUCUGUGAAUAAAACGACGCAAACAGAUGAAGACAUGGGAAAGCCGAUCAUCAUUCCGAUUCCUGUGCCUGUUUACGUUCCCUCGCCCAUGGCUAUGUACAACGCUCCGUACCCCUUCCCAAUGGCACUUCCGCUUCCUGUCCCGGUGCCGAUUUUCAUUCCUACGACGCGGAAAACUUCGGAACGAAUCGGGAAAGAUAUCAAGAGAAUCUUGAAAAAAGUUCCGGCUGAUCCGCUAGAAGCCGAACUACUCAUGAUGGCCCAAGCAGUGGGUGAAGGAGUCAAAGAGGAAGAAGACAGCGAGGAAGACGAGGAUGAUGUGGAUGACUACGAUGGUGGGGAAAUGAGCGAAGAAGAAGAGCGCCAGGACGAAGUCCCUGUCCGCAACAGUGGCAGUAUGUCUCGAUUGUCCGGAGAAGACAUUUUGCAAACUGCGCUAAGGACAGCUGUUGACGAUACGAUCGGAACCCCGUAUUUGGCCGAGUCUUCGAUCGACGUGGAACAAGCUCUGGCUGGGGCAACGCCUGCUGUUACGAAAUCCCUCGAUCCACCCAAGCGUCCCUCUUUUGAUGACGUUGAGGCUGAGAAUCAGAUGAGACGGAUGCAACAGCAGCAGCAGCAGCAACAGAGGUCGCCCAAGAAACGGCAGAGAUCGUCUCGUGGCACUCCUCGUGGUGGCGGUAGUGGCGGCGGCAGUGGUGGCAUUGGUCGUGCCGGGAAGCGCAUGCGUACCGACUAUCCCAACGACAGGAUUCACGAUGAGAACAGGCCGCCUGAGCACAUUUCCGAACCGAUGCCGCCUGAGGACCGACCAGAUGCAAAUAUGAUGCUGAAGUACACUUUUGGUGUGAAUGCGUGGAGAUUCUGGGUUCAGCGAAAGAACGAAGAACUGGAAAAGCUGCAGGCAGCGAAUCCGAUGCGCAGAAUCCGCCUUUUCAAAAAGGAUCUGUUGCAAUUAAGCUGCGAAGAACUCUGCUAUGCCCUGUGUUUCUUUGUGAAGGAAGUGAAGAAGCCGGAUGAUUCCAUGUACUCCCCGGAUCUCGUGUAUUACUUGUGCCUAGGUAUCCAGGAAUACCUGUUGGAAAACGGCCGCGUGGAAAACAUUUUCAAUGAUCAGUUAUUCGAGAAGUUCACGGACUGUUUGGACGAAAUUACGUGUAGAUUUUCGGGCCAACAAAUGCUGACAGAUCUGGGCUACAUAAUGACGCACAUUGAAGAGGAGCAUUUGUGGGAAGCGAAACAGUUGGGAGCGCAUUCGCCUCACGUUUUACUGAACACACUCAUGUACUUCACAACGAAGAAUUUCUUGCUGACGGCACCGAAAGAUCACGUUCGCCUCUCAUUCCCUCACGUCAUGAAGCACUGGAAGAAGGGACCCGGGGUUCCCCCUGGGCGUGGUGGUCACAACCCCGCCAUGGGCAGUCAGAGAAACGUUCUGUUGAAGUAUUAUCCUCCUGCUAGUAUCCGAGCUGAAAUGGGAGAACGAGCGAAGAGGAGCUACGAGAUGCACGAAAACGGAGAAAAUCCUCUGCGAUGCCCGAUUCGUUUGUACGAAUUUUAUUUGUCCAAAUGCCCGGAGAGCAUCAAGGGUAAAAACGAGGUGUUCUAUCUGUUCCCCGAACGAAGUUGCGUCCCGCAUUCGCCGGUGUGGUAUUCCACGCAGCCGCUGAGCGAGCAAGUUAUUUCCAAGAUGCUGCACAGGAUCACACUUGUUCGUGAAAUCCAAGACGCGAUCAUCAACGAUCAAUAAUGAGGGCAUCACAAUCCCUGAAGAGGAAAAAAAAGGAAGGAAGGAAUGGCAGUAAGGGCAAAGAUCGCUGGCAUGUUUUUAUGUUUAUAAAAAUUGCAGUGGGAGAACGGAUGGGGCAGGAAUGAUUUUUUUUUCAUUUCCUACGAGUUUCGGUUUGUUUUUGUUUUUUUGCAAACUCUGGGUAAGGAAAGUUUCGACUUGCGCUUUUUCAACAUUCUGUGUAACUGAGGACUUGGUGGAUCCAUUAUUGUUCUGCGUGUUCGUGCCUGUUUUAUUUUUUUAACGCUUUGUGUUGAGGAUUCCAGUUCUCCUUUUUUUUCAGUUUUUCAGAGGUACAAAAUAGUUUUGCUUUCGGUCGUUGUCACACGUGUAGAUAUUGUCCAUGAGAUGAGGAAAUUUUUUUUUUUGAGUACUCGUGUGUUGCUGAAGAUUGUCUUUGAUAUCCCGGUCUAGGAUACAUGAUUUAAUUAAUCACUGAAUUGCUUUCACACGUACUAUUUCUCGUCUUUGAAUGAUGUAACGAAGCAGCUGCGGGGGAAACUGUCAAAUUUGAGCUUGCUAUGGUCAGAACAGUUUCAUAUUCGGGAUUAGUCCCACACAGGAGAAGAGAUAGGUUUCUGAAAGACCUUUUUGCCUGCUCUUUUUGAGGAAUUUAUUUUUCAUGUGGGAAUGCUGGCGCUAAUGGUUGGAAAGUCGGUACAUAGUCGAGAUGAACUGCUGAUGCUGGUGCCACAUUGGUAGUGCAUACUCCUGUGUUCUGUGACCACUCUUUUUUUUUUUUUUUUUUCAUUU